AUGCCUCCGCGGAUUUCGGUGCUGCCUGCGCAGCUGCAACAGUUGGUCUCAAAGCCCGUGCAGGCGGCUUUCUCGCCCCUAUCCUUCCUGCUGCCCCAAUUGCACCAGCAGAGCCGCCAUGCCCACAUUCUAGCCUCGCUCUCCGAUACGCCCGGGGCAUACAGCAAGAGGAUCCGACGGGGUCGAGGUCCGGCCUCGGGGAAGGGAAAAACCUCGGGAAGAGGUCACAAAGGUCAGGGCCAGCAUGGGAAGGUGCCUGCAAACUUCAACGGUGGGCAGACGCCAGAGAUUAUUGUCCAUGGCGAGCGCGGUUUCAAGAACGUGCUGUCUGUGGAUAUGGCACCCGUGAACCUCGACCGGAUUCAAGAAUGGAUCGACCAGGGCCGGAUCGACCCAACCCGUCCGAUCACGGUACGUGAACUGGUCCAGUCGCGCUGCAUCCAUCAAGUCAAGGAUGGCGUUAAGGUGCUGGGUCGGGGAGGCGAGGGUGUUCUCAAGCAGCCCAUCCACCUGGUUGUUUCUCGCGUGUCCGAGUCCGCCAUCGCCGCCAUCGAGACCGCCGGCGGCUCCGUAACGACCCGGUACUACACUCGCUCGUCGAUUGCGCGUAUUCUCAAAAGGGAGACACAUCCCUUCGUCUCGACCGCCUGGGACCUGAAGAGCGGCAGCGAGGCUCUUUACAAGGCUGCCGGCGUGGAGGAGGAGCUGACCGAGUCCAAGAUCAUGCAGGAGAUGGGCUUCCGCUAUCGUCUGCCGGACCCGACCGGCCGUAAGGACAUCGAAUAUUAUCGUGACCCGGCACAUCGCGGGUACCUUAGCCAUCUCCUCAAGCCCAUGGAGAGCCCCAGUCUGUUCUUCCGCUCGCCGGCAGAGCGCAAGGCUGCCACGGGCAGCAGGAAGGAGAAGGUUCUGCCGGAGAACAGACUCUGGUAG